AUGAAAAGACAAUCUCAAAUAUUUAACUUACCUGUUUCACCAAACCCUUCCAGUGAUCAAAAUGAUACUCCUUUAGAUUUAUCCUUAGAACGACAAAAGCCAUCACCCCACAUGGAGGUUGAUUCUUCUCCUACAAAGAUUUUAUUUAAAAAAAAAAUUUGUCAUCAAAGUACGUUAUGUGCAUCGCAAAAGGAUCACCAUAAGACUCAAUAUAUGCCUCUUGAUUUAUCCUUAAAAGGGUAUAAUAGUUCCCCUAAUGUAAAGGAUUCCAUAGAAAAAAAAAUUUUUGAUGAUGAUACAUCAACUGACCCUCAAAGCAUUUACCACAACACACAAAAUACUACUUAUGGUCCACCUGUAGAAAAUUUAUAUUCAACUAAUGUUGAAGGUAUGUCUUCCUACUUAGAAAAUCCAAAAACAGAAAAUAAAAAUGAAACUUAUUUCACAGAUUUACAAAAUACUUCUCUUCCAUUCUUAGAAAAACAAAGAAUUCCAUAUGAUGUUGAUGAACCAUGUGCUAGUACUUCACUAAAAAGAAAGUUGAAAGAAAAUACUGGAGAUAAGUCAAAGAAGAAAAAAAUUAGUGAAAAAAGGGAUGAUGAUAAGAAAAAAAGUAGGAAUAGUUUAAUGAAUUAUUCUCAUGGGGGUAGUAGCUCUUCAUUUAAUACGAUCAUACCAAAAAUCAUUUUUAAAAUUGAUCCAAAUUAUUUAACUAGGAUAAAUGAAGAUUUAAAAAAAAUUAACAAUGAUUUAUUUUUCAAAUACAAUGAAUUUGCACAUGGUUUUAAUAAAAAUAUACAAAAAUUGCAAGAAGUUGUAGAUGCAGAACUGAAGGUUAUUAGUUUAAAAGAUUUAUCGAUAUUUAAUAGUCAUUUUUCCAAAUUUUAUAAAGAAGGUAGUAAAUUAAGUAAUAUUUACAAAUUUGUAUUAUUAUUUAACCAUAAAAUAAAUUAUCAAAUCAGUAACACACACGAAUUACAUAAUAGAAUGGAGUGCAUUUUAGAUUUUAUAAAAAAUAUGAAAAUUGAUUAUCACGCAUUUAAGAGAGAGUCUGAAAUAAUGUUAAUAAUGAAAAAUAUUACGUAUAAUUAUUCAUAUAAUCCUCCUAAAAUACUUUCAUAUAGUAAGAAUGCUAUACAAUUUACAGAAUCAUUGCAUAACAUGGAAUAUUUAAUAGAUUCCACUGAAACAUCAAUUAUAAGUGGAAACACAUCUGAACAACACUCAUAUAUGUUUAAAACGAAAGUAUUAAUAUCUAUUAAAAGAAAAAUAUUAGGAUCUUUAAACAGCUAUAAACAGAAAUAUUUAAGAUAUUUAAAUUUAUUAAAUAUGUCAUGUGAAUUAAUGGAAAUGGAAAAUAUUUUUAAUUUUUUUUAUAAAUAUAAUAUGAAAUGUAAAAAUUAUAUAAAGAAUAAUUUGAAAAGUUUAGAUGAUAAAGAAGCUAUACAGUCACUUUUGGAUGUUUAUAUCAAAGAAGAGCAUGAAGUUUCCGAGUGCCAUAAAAAAUCUAGGGAAGUCUUUGUUUCAAAUAUAACUAAAGAAAAAAAAAUUGACUAUUUUUCUGGACUUCAAAAAAAAGGAGAUAAAUUUAAAAUUCUACUUUCCUUGUAUAAAACCUAUAUGGAAAUAGUAAAAAUUGUAAAUUUUUUGAACCAAAUAAAUGAACUUUUGGAUAUCCGUAAAUCAUUGAAAGGAAUGAAUUUACCAGAAAAAACUACAAAAUCUAAAAAUGGAAAAGAGGGAGUUUUAUCUCAUGACAUGAAAUUACAUUUACUUGCAGAAUUAAGUACUAAAAAAAGUAGGGUUGCAGAAAUUGCAUUCAAUUUAAGAAAGAGUUAUGAAUUUAAUUCAUCAAGAUUAAAUAUAAUGAAUCUUAGAAAAUUAAUAAUGGGUGUACAACUAAAAAUGGAGAAUGUUUUUUUAAUUACUGAUUUUUUGAAAUCCUUAUUUCCCGAAGAUAUGGGUAACAAAGGUGGCGAUUAUGAAAAAUCCAAUUUAGAAGCUAAUGUUUUUCUUACAUUAUUUUUUUUGAAAAAAAUAUUGGAAAAAUCUUAUAUAAAUGAAUUGAAAUAA